AGCAAACAAAAAAAUUACAAUUUGGGCAUAGGCAGCUGCCCACAUCUCAAGGACAGCUGAAACAAGUAUCAGCUUUUGAGAAUGUAAUCUGGAUUCAGAGAUUUUGAAGCUCAAAAAGUCUCAUUUAAUCCAGAACCAAUUUACGGUGCAAUGGAGAGUUCAGAUCUUGCAAACUGGAAACCUUAAUUUAUUAUGUCGGUGUCAGUUUUUGGAAACCUGUAAUUUUGUAAAAUUUGUAAAAUUUUGUAAAAUUUGAACCUUCAAACCGAUACCUUUUAACAUGAAUAAGUACUGCAGGACUCUUCAGAACUUUUUAGGCAGAGAAGAACAGAAAUAAUGUUCAGAUUAAAUAUGUAGACAAAAUCUAUCCACAAGCAACUGCCCCAAAACAUCCUAAUUUAUUUGAUAAUUAACAGGCUUGACACCAAAUUCAUCUCAAAGGGCAAGUUUACUAUGCAUAAUAUGCCGGAUUAGAAGUGGAGCCACGUGUUUUGAACCAAUAUAUAUGUCACAUACAGAAAUAGAGAUAUGUUUUUGUGUCCAAGUUUAUAUUUAACUGCCUCCCUCUAUUUAGGCAAACAGUUGUGUGAUACUUAUCAGUUAAGGGGAAUACAUUUCCUUUGCCCUACAGAGGAGUCAGAAUAGAGCAGAGUUCUAGAUCCUUGAUUGUAGCUUACUAACUUCAUGGCUUUUUCUGGGGUGGGGUUUGUGCUCCUGGUAGAGUUGACCAGAUUGUUGGGAGAGGGCCGUCAAUGACAGAUAAGGACCGAACCAAAGGCCCAGGUGAAGGGGAGCCUCCUGAAGAUCCAAGUAUGAUGGGCAGACUUGGAAAGGUGGAAAAACAGGUCCAGUCCAUGGAGAAGAAGCUGGACUUCCUGGUCAACAUCUACAUGCAACGGAUGGGGAUCCCACCAAACGAAACAGAAGCCUACUUUGGGCCGAAGGAACCUGACCCAGCACCGCCCUACCACAGCCCAGAAGACAGCAGGGAGCACAUUGACAAAAACGGUUGCAUCAUCAAGAUCAUUCGCUCCACGAGUUCGAUGGGACAGAAGAAUUUCUCUGCACCUCCUGCCACAACGGUGCCAAACAACUCAUGCCCCCUUCCACUUCUUGGCAGACAUAUCAACGGCAAAGCCACGGGACUCCCCGGUUGGCGAUGCUGGUUCUUUG